AAGAAAGUUCAGUUUUGUGGAUGCUUUCGCUGGUAAUGUUGAUCGGCUCCUGCAUAGCUGGCUCCCUACCGUUGGUCAUGAAUCUGUCCGAGAUUCUGCAAAGAACGACAUGAUCAUGAACAUCAUGAACCUUUAAUCUUUCUAGGAUAAAUUACAACUGGUAUCGAUACUUGGUGCCGGACUUCUUGUAGGUACCGCUCUGGCUGUGAUCAUACCUGAAGGUAUAAGAGCAUUGUUUACCGGUGGGAGCAGUAGCGACCAAGCAGUCCAUGGUGAUCCACACUCUCUGAUAGGCAUUAGCCUGAUACUUGGUUUUGUGUUCAUGCUCCUGGUCGAUCAGUGUUCAGCCAGAAGGAGCGGAGUAAGAGAGAGAAGCGUCACUGCUACUUUAGGCCUUGUGGUUCAUGCGGCAGCCGAUGGAGUAGCCUUAGGAGCUGCCGCGACCACGUCCCAAGCCGACGUAGAAUUAAUUGUCUUUCUGGCCAUAAUGCUGCACAAGGCGCCUGCUGCAUUUGGCCUGGUAUCGUUUUUGUUACACGAGGGUGUAGAUAGGAAAAAAAUUAGCAGACAUCUUCUAGUAUUUUCCUUAGCUGCACCUUGCCUCGCUCUCAUAACAUAUUUCGGUAUAGGAAAGGAGGGAAAGGAGACUCUUAGCAACGUUAAUGCAACGGGUGUAGCGAUGUUGUUCAGUGCUGGUACAUUCCUCUACGUCGCGACUGUACACGUUCUACCGGAGUUAAUGACAAGAAACACCGGGAACUAUGCUCAUCUGCCAACGUCCGAGAACGCCGCAGCGUCUUCGUCUGGACUUAAGGUGAAAGAAAUAUUGGUCCUGGUUCUAGGCUCUGUUUUGCCAGCGUUAAUUACAACCGGUCAUCAUCAUUGACGAAAUGUGUACUUGAUCUUAUCUUACUCUGUACGAUAUAAAAUAUUUCUUUCAUCGAA